UAUUUUUCAGAGGUAAAAUGUUAAGCUGGAACAGGAUAAAGCUGGAUCAGGCAGAUUUCCUCUUCAAGCACUGUAGAUCCGAGGAUACAUACAGCUUCUAUCUUACUGACAUGGUUUAUAUUUAUCAGGAAAUCUUGAGUCAGGAUGAGAUCAAUUCGAGGCUACAGGAGCUGAACCCUGAUCUAGAAGGAUUUAGUGCUGAAGAUGUGGUAAAGGAUGUCUGUGCAGCUGUACUCAAUAAUAACAGUUUAACCAGAACUAUCAAAGAGGAUGUUUAUGAGUUUAGCUUGAGUUGGGAUAACGAUGGUAUCCCAUUAGUCUGGACUUUUUAUCUCAGUAGAAGAGGGACGGCUAAAAUGUUCUCCGAGAUAUUUACGAAUCAGAUAAUCCAAUCAAUAGAUGGAUUGUUGGAAGAAAGGAAACAGCUGUUCAAGAUUAUUCGAGAUAAGGAUUUAGAGUUGGGUGAGUAUAAGAAUAGUGGAGUAAAGAUUACCAGACCUCAGCUUAAAACAGAACGGUUUAAGGAGGAGAAGUUUUUAACCAACCCACUCCCAGCAUCAUCCAGGUCCGGUCUUGAAAUCCUCUGUAGUUCGGACACUCUUAACCUCAUUCAAAGGAUUACAGAAAACAAUUCUGAUGUUACUAAACCGGAUACAGACAUCUCCAAACAGGAAACAGCUUUGAAGCGUCCACUAAAGCCCGUGAAAACAAGCCCUGAGCCCUUGCAGAUAAAGAAAGAAGGAUUUAAAAGAUCUGUGAUAACGAUUAACAUGAAAAAGUCAGAGCUUAAGAAAAAAUUGCGUAAACUGUGAUGUCCUACUAGUUCUUAAAGAUAUCCUGUGAUAAUACUAGUUGCCUAUGUGUAUAACUUAAAGUAACUUCAGAUUAAGAAUUUUUGUUUUAAAACUUACAAAAUUGAUUGUGUUUGUGACUGUCAAAUAUGUUCUUUUUUAAUAUGUUUGUCCAUGAAUUAUUUAAAUUUCUUCAAUGUUGCACGAAACUUGAUAAAGUACGUGUUGUGUAUUUCAG